UUCUGAGAGACUUGAAGCACCGACAAGAAUUGAAAACAAAAGCCUCGAUUAUGAAAGAACUUAUUCAAUAGAUACAACAAUAUUUAUUAUAAAUCGAUUGUUUCGUAUGCACCAAGACAUGGUUGAACUUGUAUGGAUUGAGUUAACAACCCCUCAUACAAAACAUCACAAAAUUGAUGGACUUAUUAAAGUGAUCAAGACAAAAAAAAAUCAAGCCAUAAUUCUAUUCGAGUUUUCAUAUGGCAGACAAGCACCUUUAUCAAAGGAAGACGGUGAUGAAGUUAAGUUAUGCAGGAAUUCUAUGCGAAUUCUAAAUAACCUAUUACAGAAUGUACCUAAAGACAAAGCACGCAUUUAUUUGGUACAAUCUGCCAAUGGUUUAAUUAAAAUAAAAUAUUUGAUUCGUCCUCUACCGUCGAUUUAUAUUCUUCAAUCAUUCACAAAUAUUAAAAUACCAGUAUCAUUCGACGAUUUCGAGCAAUUUGCAAAAAACGUGGUUGAUUUAAUGAACUUUCAGGUUGACGUGUUGUCAACAAUUAAAGUGAUAAAUAAAGUCGUGACUAGACCUAAUCAUAUCCAUACAACUUCGGUGGAGAAUACACCAGAAAAGAAAAAGAAUGUGGAAAAUAAACCUUCAUCUCCUAAGUCGCCAUCUGGUGGUGGUUCAUCUUUACCAUUGAUUUUAAACUAUGUAUUGUCAAGCGAUUAG